UUUAUUGUAAACUUCCGACUUCCGUGUUGUUUCCUUAGGAGGACUAGAGCAGAUAGAAACUUCACAGGAAUGUCGAAACCACGACCAGGAAGACCUCCACCACCCGUCCCAAAACCCGGUCAGGUCAAAGUUUUUCGUUCUUUAUAUCCAUACACUGCUCAGCAGACUGAUGAGCUGUCAUUUGAUGAAGGUGAUACAUUAUAUAUAUUAGAUAUGCACAGCAGUACUGAUUGGUGGAAAGCCAAGUGUGGCAAUAAAAUAGGGCUUAUACCUAGUAACUAUGUUGAAUCUAGUACAGAAUCCAUAGAUUUCCCAUUACAUGAAGCAGCAAAGAGAGGGAAUGUACCUUUCCUACAGGAAUGUUUGAAUAAUAAUGUUUCAGUGAAUGGUUUAGAUAAAGCUGGAUCAAUACCUCUGCAUUGGGCAGCACAUGGUGGCCAUAUAGAUUGUGUAAAGAUCUUACUAGCUGUACCUAAUUGUCAAGUUAAUGUUCAGAACAAAAUAGGAGAUACUCCAGUACACUCAGCUGCAUGGAGAGGUCACCCAGAAGUGGUUAAAUUAUUAAUAGAACAUGGUGCUCAGGUCGAUGUGAGAAAUAAUGAAAGAAAACGUCCAUAUGAUUUAGCUAAAGAUCCUGAAACAUUAGCACAGCUUAAAUUAGCAGCUGCACCACGGACAUUGUCACAAGAUUAUGGAGAUGAAGAAGACUCAGAUUGAUUCUAUUUUAUUGUUAUUAUACUGCCAUAUGUUAUAAUAUAUUACACACUUUCACACAAUUUUGUUAUUAUUAUUUUUAAUUUUCAUAGUAGUCAAAACUAAAUGCAUUUUAGGUUACUUGAAAAAUAUAGUUUUCAUAAUUCACAUAGAGGAAUUUUGUUUUUAUGACUAUAAGCCUUGUUUUAAGAGGAAAGCCAGCAACCUAUUUCUUACAAUUUUCACAUAAACAAUACCUUGAAAAUAUCUGAAAUACUUCAUAUCCUUAAAUAAUUCAUGAUAUCAAAAUCUGAAGAACAAAAAUAUUCAGCAUAGAACUAUCAUAUAUUCUAUUAUGAUGCUCCUUUGCUGUGUAAACCAAGCCAUGUUGUAAUUUCAACAAAACAUGGUGUUCUCAUGCAUGAAUGACAUCACAAUUAAACAUGCAUCGGCUAUUUUUGUUGAUGCUAUAGAUGAUUGCAUGAAUUAUUCCUUUAAUAGAUAAAAAAGGGGCAUUUUUCUACAAAAGUUAAAACUUUUCAAGAAGGCUUUAAUUACCAUUGUAAGUACAUAUCUCUGUCAUGAAUUGUUUGGAAGUGAACAAAUAAAGAUUUCUAUUGAUAACUGAAAGAUAUCCCCUGCAAUUAGGAAAAUGUGCAUACAAAUUAUCUUUAUUAAGAAAUAAUUUAAUUUUGGAUGUAACGCAUCUUCUGAUUGGCUGAUGUUGUUUUGUUUAUCAGCUCAUAGACAUAAUUUUGUCAUGUGACCGUGACGUCAUCAACGUUUUUUCAUGGUUUACUCCGGUUAAAAAUGGAAUUUAGAAUUAAAUUAUAAGAAAUGAUUCCUUAAAUAUAGUAACAGAAAAAAAUAAAUUUUGAAGGUCGAAUUUCAUGUCAAAUAAAAAAAUACAAUUUCCAUGUAAAUUAUUAGUUUCUUAAUAAUACUCUUCAUUUAGCAGACCAUUUACAGAAAUGUUAUCUCCUCUCAAUGGUAAGCUAAGAGUUAUGAUACAACAUUAACAUUAAUGGAGAUUAUUUGAUUUAAAAUCUCUGGUUGGUCAACUAAAAAAUCUCAUUUAAUUUUUGUGUUGGUAAUAAAAUUUUGUGAAAGUGAUUAAAACCUGUUUUAUUUAAGGUGAUGUAACCAUGAUAUGCUUAUUUAUGUAAAGGGGUAGGUGUGAUAAGGACCUUAUUUGGCAACAAACAUCAAGUCCUCUACAAAAGUAUGUUGAUAAACAUGUAAGAAAAUGAAAUAGAAUUGUUUUUGUGUAACUUUUCUAAUGAAGCGUACACAUUUACACUCUAAAAUGGAAAAAAGUAGAGAUUUUUUUUUAAAUUUAACAAAAUCUACUAGAUUUCAACAGAUUCGGGCGUAGGAAACAUAGAGGUCAGGCUUUGACAAACUAAAUAUGCAAGUCAGAUAUUUUAUUUUUUAUAUCAAACAUAAUGUUACGGGAUCUUUUUUGCAGAAGCAUAUGCUAUGUGUUCUAUUCCUGAAAACCAAUGAAAAAUUUUGCCUGUGUAAGUUCAAUUUGGUAGAAGAUUGAAAUUGGUGCUUAUUGUGAAAUCAUAAAUAGAACACUUAUAAGUAAAUCUACAAAAAAAAACAUAUUUUCUAUAUAGUCAUUGUUUAAACUAUGUCUCCUUGUGAUAAUAGACUGUUUAUACUGAUAGGAAAAAAAGUAUAACUCUAAGAAAAUAUUAGCUAGAAAUAGGGACCAUUUUUGGGCCUUAUCUAACCUACUUCUUUGAUUAAACAGUCAACCAAGAAAGAGAUGCUAAUGUUAUAUAGGACUUUAAGUAAUUUUAUUUGAAAAUGCAGCAUCAGUUUAUUCAUAAUCUUACAUUCAUUCCUAUGUUAAAAAAAUAUUAUAUUGGAAACAAUCGUGCUUUUUUUAUGAAAGCUGAAAUAUAUAAGGUGUAUGCAUUAUGUUUACAGAUAUAUUGAUAAAUUGUGUAUUCUAUUUGCUAAAGACUCUUUUCACAUGGAUCCAAACUGUUCAAACUGUAUCAAGCUUUUGCUUGCUGUGUGUAAUAAUAACAAUAGUUAUGUGUAUUUCCUGCGAGGUGUAUUCUCAGGCCUUGUUAUAACACUUUGUAUGUGCAUUUAUAAAUGUUGAUCAUUAGAUGCUUUUUACAUAUCAUGUUAUGUAUUACAUCAAAAAGAUUUGUAAAUAUGUUCACACUAAAUAUUAAAAUUCAGAGACUUGGGUUUCUUUUGCUACUGAUAAAAUUAAAAAAUCUUAACAACCACUCUUAAGUGCAAUAUAAAAUUUGUGAUAAAAGUAAAAUUUUAGUAAUCUAUUUAUGGAGUUCAGAGUUGUAAAGUUAAUGAUUCUGUUAUAUUAUAUUGGUGCAAAAUAUUGUAUAUUUAAAUUAGUUCUGUAUUUAUUAUGCAUUAAUUAAUUUAGGCAACCUGAAUUGGUAUAAUAAACUAUUUCUUUUACACUGGUUAAAUCUUAUACAGUUUCAAUUUGCUAUUUGAGUAUAAAGAUGUGUUUUAUGCAAUUACAACUUUUGUUGUCUGUGACAUUCAUCCAAUGAUGAGACGGAUGUUACUUUUGUGGUGUGUUAACAGUAUUGCUGUUAAUAAAUGUGUAUGUUAAAGAAGAAGGUACAAUAGAGGACAAAUUGACCUUAGAGUCAAAUAUAUUUCAAACUAUGACUUGGAAAUGUUAACAUCGUUUUAUAUCUGUAAAUAUAUAACUCACUCAUUACUCAAGAAAUGUACUUGACCAGAAAUCUAAACAUUGAACAAGGUAAUUUUUUUCAAAUUCACAAGAUCAUGACUGAAAAUUUAGGCUUCACAAUUAUUUCACUUAACAAUGCUUAAACUAAACUAUUGUUCAUAAAUUUAGAAAUUUGAGCUGCACCUAUGUAUGUUGCAGUCAUUAUAACUAUAUUUUCCAAGGUCAGAAGUCUGCACAUAAUUAAUUCUGUUUUGAACAUUUGUAAAAACAUGCCUCUUAUCCUUUUCAACAUUAAACUAAAUAGUUAUUAACCCGGAAAAGACCAAUUUGUGUUUCAUUAUUUGUUUGUUACAAAGAACAUUUGGAAGUAUGAUACUGAUAACCUUUAGUGAUCUGUUUGAUUAAUUGAAAUUUAACAAUGAAUCUUUAAUACGAUAUCUGCACCAUAUUGCUACUGGUCAUAAGAUAGAAGAAUACUAUAUGACAGUGCAAAUGUGAUCCUUGUUAAGAUCAAUAGGUCAAGUGACCCAAAAUCUCUGGUUAGUUGUUGGAGAAAUUCAAAAAGUAUAAAAUGGUCAAAUAGUAAGAAUUUUGUGAAAAGAUUUACAGUAUGAAGUAAUCAUCAAUGUUAUACAAUACUGUGGAUUCAUUUAUUUUUCAUUGGUUCUAAUUUUUGUGGAUGGAGGAAAAAAAUGUAUUUUCGUGGAUAUUUUAUUUUGUUGUUGUUCGAAAGUCUGCAUACAAACCUACAAGCAUACCCUAUAGAAAAUUUGUACUUUGUUGAACUUUCAAAAUCGUGGUUCACCUGUACAUAAAAUUUGACAAAAAUUGGUAUACAGCGAAUAAUAAUGAAUCCACUGUAAUUUGUCCAGUCUUGGUAUUGUUUGAUGACAUCCUUGGAAAAAAAACACUUUUCCAUCAAAGAAAAAAAAAAUCAGCUAAAAUAGAAUAAAGAUUAGAUAGCUGAUACCUAAACCUCCAUUAUAUCUGCCAAGACUACGUGUUUCAAAGGCAAGCAUACAAUAAAAAGACCUACCAACAAAAUAACAAUUUGACCAUCAAGGUAACAACUAACAUAAACUAAGAAUAGAUAAAGAGAGCAGUUUUGUAUGUACAUGACAGAUAGAAUUUCUGUUUAACAUUUUCUGCUCAUUUAAUGUAGUCCUUUAUCUGGUCUACCAAAUAUACAAACUUCAAACUAAUGAUUUCUAUCCAUUUGAAGUAAUCAUAGACAAGGCCAAACAUUAGUGUGUACUUUGUUUCUGAUUUAUGUAGUCUUUUAAUAUUUCUAUAAUUUCCUUUCCAAUAAUGAGAUAUGACAUUGCAUAUCUCAUGUGCCAAAUAUCUAAUGAAUAUCAUAUAGUAUGUCAGACAUUCAGCUCGGCAAUGCUAAAUAAAAGUAGAAAUUAUAUUGGAUUUUUACAAUUAUUCAGUAUAAAAUAUAGUUAUUAUUGGUAUUGUAUAUUAUUAUAUCAUAUCUUGAAACAUUCCAGAGUAUUAUUUGUUACAGUCAACAUUUGUACUACCAUUCAAAUAUUAUUAAUCAAAGUCAAAAUGUAUUAUUGUUUUUAAGAUUAAAGAGAUCAUAUUUAUA